AUGAACGGUCUAGCUCCGGCGGAGGAUCGGUCUGAGAUUGCCUUCUUCGACGUCGAGACUACAAUUCCGUUCCGAGCUGGCCAAAAGUUCGAGAUUCUCGAGUUCGGAUCGAUCCUCGUUUGCCCCAAGAAGCUAGUGGAGCUUGGAAGCUACACAGCCCUCGUUCGACCCGCUAAUCUCAGCUACAUCACGCCUCGGUCUGUCAAGUGCAACGGCAUCAAGCGAGAGGACGUCCAAUCGAAACCUCCGUUUGCAGAUAUCGCCGACACCGUCUACGAUAUCCUCCAUGGAAGGAUAUGGGCAGGGCACAACAUAUUGAGGUUUGAUUGUCCAAGGAUAAGAGAAGCGUUUGCAGAGAUUGGACGAGAUCCACCUGAGCCAAAGGGCACCAUUGACUCGUUAGCUUUGCUUACUGAAAGGUUUGGGAGGAGAGCUGGUGAUAUGAAGAUGGCGACAUUGGCUACAUACUUUGGGCUUGGCAACCAGACGCAUAGGAGUCUGGACGAUGUCAGGAUGAAUUUGGAGGUUCUCAAAUACUGCGCCACUGUUUUGUUCUUAGAGUCAAGCUUGCCAGAUGAACUUGUGGAUAACUCGGCUACUCCUUCUCCAGAAACAAGUUCAAGAAGGCGUAGGAGUAUCAAAACGUCUCCGCUGCAAUCUCCCGUUGAUCAGCAGACAGGGGAGAAGAACAGUACAGCUAUACCUAUACCUAUUCUAUCAUUCGUUUCACCCGCUGAAGAAGCUCAAACAGAUCCGUUUGAUAUGAGUGCUUUAAGGAACGUAAUAUCCCCAGAGGUUCUUCAGUUAGAUAUUCCCAUGGAAGAAGAACAAAAUCAGCAGUCUGAGACUGUUGUUGCCUCUGAGGCUACCGGUGACCAGGAAGGAUUCUUGGAUCUGGAUGAAAUAUCUAUUCCAAGUAUCAGAGCAGCUCAUGUCCCGUUGUUUGAGGGGAGCCAAAAAAUGAAGCCACAGCUCUUCCUUGGGGACAGACCCCUUCAGCUCCAUUGUCCUCGUCUGAAAGUACGGUUUGGAGUCAAUGGGAAAUUUCUGGAUAGCGCUGGAAGACGGAAGUUGAACUUUAUAAUUGAUCUGUUCCCAAGUCUCUGCAAGGUACUGCAAGAGUGUGACAGUGCUGCAAAGACAAUAUCUGUAGAUUCAGGAAGUGGUUCUGACUGGAACCCGGUGGUCAUUCAAAUGAAUGGAUUUGUGAACUGUCCUACCGCAAGGAUACAUAUACCGACAGUGUUAUAUGGAGAUGGAGAGCGGUACGCAGCUGAGAUACACGAGAGAGAAUUGUCUGGAGAUACUACUACUCAGAAACUCAUUUCAAGCAACCCGAGGGCUGAGGAGCUUGAGUCUUUGGUUAAGUCAGGAACUGUUCUCGACGCUUUCUUGUCUCUGGAGCCAUAUGAUUAUCAGGAGAGAGCUGGAAUUCGUAUAGUUGCUAGAAAGUUUGUGAUAGUACAACAGAGAGUAUAG